AUGUCGCUGCCCGGCUCCCCUCCGCUCCUCUCGCCGGGAUCAGGCGCCCCAACUCCGGUCGCGCUCUACCGCUCGGCUCCGGACGCGCUCCACACCUCCGCCGCCUCCACCGGCACCUCCAGCCCGGCGCACACCAACUCCCACUCCCACUCCCUGUCCCCGUCCCCGCGGCUCACCAGCAGCAUGCUCAGCGCCUUCCUGCCCGGGCCAGGGGGCGCGCUGGCCGGCCUGGGGAACGGCGGCGCCGCCCCUCUGGUGUCCGGAGGCGGCGCUGCCCUGGGAGCUCUCGGCGGGCUCGGCUCGCUGAGCUCGGCCGGCCUGACCCCCGGCUCCCCCGGCCUGGCGCAGUCCAGCCCGGGUCUGUGCAGCGAGUGCAAGCUGGUGGAGGUGCACGGCGUGAAGGUGGCCAGCUUCAGCGUGGACGGCCAGGAGCUCAUCUGCCUGCCGCAGGUGUUCGACCUCUUCCUGAAGCACCUGGUCGGCGGGCUGCACACCGUCUACACCAAGCUGAAGCGGCUGGACAUCAGCCCGGUGGUGUGCACCGUGGAGCAGGUGCGCGUCCUGCGGGGGCUCGGCGCCAUCCAGCCCGGCGUGAACCGCUGCAAGCUCAUCUCCAGGAAGGACUUCGAGACGCUGUACCAGGACUGCACCAGCGCCAGCUCUCGUCCAGGCCGUCCUCCGAAGCGAUGCUCUGGUGCCGGGAUCCAGGAAAGCCCCAGGCUGCUUCACCCGGGCCUCCCCGGCCUGCUGUCGCCCAACCUGCUGUCCCACACCGGCCUGACAGCAGCAGCCAUGGCUGAACUCCAGAAGCUCCAGAAGAUGAAGAUGAUGAUGAGUCUGCAGAACGGCAACGAGUCCGACAACGACGACCUGCACUCCAACACAGGAGGCAGCGAGUGUUCCUGGGACAAGGAGCGUCUGACCAGCCCCCCCGCCGGAGCUCACGGCGGCGCUCCGGCGUCCGGAGGAGGAGGAGGAGCUGGAGGAGGAGGCGGAGGAGGAGGAGGUGGGAGUCGGCCGGCCUUAUCGGCUGUCAAUCAGCAGCAGCAGCUCCAGCAGCAGCAGCAGCAGCAGCAGCUUCUGGCCAACAGGUUGGACCUGCCCUUCAUGAUGAUGCCCCACCCCCUGCUGCCCAUGGGGCUGCCGCCUGCCUCCGUUGCCAUGGCGAUGUCCCAGAUGAACCACCUCAGCACCAUCGCCAACAUGGCCGCCGCGGCCCAGCAGAUACACACCCACGUGCACCGCGCGCCCGUCAUCAAGGAGCGAGUGUGCGACAGUCCUUCUCUGUCUCCGUCGGUGGACGAAACCAACACUCCUCUGCAGUCGCAGCCCAGCAGCUCAGCCUCCAGCUCGCCGGAGAGACUUGGACUGGUGUCGGCCGAUGCAGAUGUUUCACUCAACAGCUCGGCUCCCAUCAAGAAAAUCACAAAGGACAAAGAAGAGUCUUCGCUGGGUCAAAGCCUGCCGCCUGGGUUUCCUGCCCCGUUCCUGUUCGCCGACGGCCUUUCAUCGGUGGAGACUCUGCUCACCAACAUACAGGGCCUGCUGAAGGUGGCGGUGGAAAACGCCCGGGCGCAGGACAAACAGAUCCAGGCGGAGAAGAGGGAGCUGAAGAUGGAGCUCUACAGAGAACGGGAGAUGAGGGAGAGCCUGGAACGGCAGCUCACGUCUGAACUACAGAGCCGAGCCUCCAUCCAGAAGCGACUGAAGAAGGAGAAGAAGGCCAAGAGGAAGCUGCAGGAGGCGCUGGAGUUUGAGUCCAAGAGGAGGGAGCGGGUGGAGGACGCCCUGAAGCACUCGUCCUCGUCCUCCCCGUCUCCGGAGCCGCUGCACGCUGCCAACAACAACAACAGUAACAACAGUGACGCUGCUGUAGCCGAGGACAAACCCGAACUUAAUGGAAACCAGCAAGACAACGUCGCUGUACAAGAAUCCCGGCCGUUCCUGAAGACCCCCAUGAUGUUCUAAGAGACAGACUCCGCCUCCGGAAACCCCGCCCCCCUUCCCCUUCCCGCACAGAAGAACUCCACCAGCCCGUUUCCACAGCAACCACGGCUUCCACGGCAGCCCGGAUCACCGCGGCGACAACCUCCCCCGGCGGGACUCACGCUGUCACGAUGAGACUACUAAGAGGCGCUCCUCACGUGGACUUGUUUUGAGGACGUCUCUCGACCUUGUCUUCUUCUUCUCUUCCUUCUUUUUAGACAAACUUCACUCCGCUCAUUCCUCUUUUUCUGUCCCUGCACCAGAACUUCCCUCAUCCUUCCUUCCUUCCUUCCUUCCUUCCUUCCUUCCUUUGUUUCCAAAACUGAAACGUUUGAAAUCAUUCCUGAUCAGAGGGACCGGACGUCGGACGACGACGACGACGACGUUGAUCCUCGUGGUCGGACGUCGUUGGGGGAACACCAGAGGAUGGGCUUUUUUAAAUGGUCCAAUGACGCGAUGGAAAGACUUUUCAUGAACGUAGAAACUGUUCCACCACCACCAACCCUCUCCGGACGUGACGGGUAAUUCGUCCGCCUCCCGGGCCGGCCACCGCCGACUCCCUCCCGGUGGCGUCUAGCUAACCGGAGGAGCUCGGGACCAGAGGAACGGGGGUCUCGAAAAAACAAGUGUUAAAAAUAUUGGGAAGGAAACAAAAAACUGCAGAAAAAAACAACUCGGGAGGCUAUUUCUGUCUCUCGUGUUUCAUUCAUUUUUUUUUGUUUUCCGUACAGGGACUGAAAAGAAUGCAUGGGAAAACUGUUCUGUUGUCAUUGGGCUUAUUUUAACCUUUGUUACCUCUUUCUUUCUCCUCCCCUUCCUCUGAGGAAACGCUUCAUUUCCAGCCUUCUUUUCUUCAUCUUUAUAUGAAACUGCUCCUCCUCCUCCUCCUCCUCCUCAUCCUUCGGUACAUUCUCACUUUUUUGCAUGACUCCUCUCCUUACGACUUGUUUUCGCCCCAUGUACUUUCCACCCCCUUCGUUUUCUUUAUCUCUCUCUCUCUCUCUCUCUCUGUAAGGAGGCAUUACUCUGAACAUGUUGGAUGCAGCUUUUCGAUGUAUGAAGUAUUUUCUAUCACCCUUGAAACCCUGUGGAAUCAGUUUCUGAAACGAUGCAAAAGUUACGAGAAAAACAAAAAGACAAAAAAAAACACAAAAACAAAGCAUUUUUUAAUACAAUGGAGUGAUUUUUAGACACGAUAUUAUCCUAAAGGUACGUUGAAUUCCCUUCCUCCACGUCGGACCUUUUGGCCUCCCUGAGGUCACGGUUUCUAGUGUUUGUCCGAGCAAAGAGGCGGAGCGCUCGGUUUUGGGCUGAACUCUGAUUUUUCCCCUUUUUUGUUGUGGGAUUUGAGAGCCCGUCUGCAGCUGUUUGAAGUGCGGAAGGCGUGGAAAUCAAGCGCCCCCCCCCCCCGCGACGCCGAACACCAGAAACCUUUUACUCUCCCGAUUUUCUGACCUACUACGAGUGCAGACUGUUGUGUUGAAGUUUUGUUUAUUCCACUGCGUGUUUUCUUUGUUUAUUUGUCGAUUACUAUUUGAAAUGUGUACGAGGGAGGGCGGGGCCAGGGUGGGCGGGGCUUGUGGUUAAAGGGAUAUUCUGUGUAGAUAGAGACGACAUUUUCUGGUUUCGUUUUAUUUUUAUUACGUUUUUUUUUUUUUCCUCUCUCCUGAUGAUCUCUCAAGUCUGUCACUGUUCUCUGGGUUUGAGCUGACUGCAAAUAUACAGUAUUAUAAUGAC